CGAAUGUCAAUGUCAUCAUUAUUCAGAAGUUUUACAAAAAUAUUUUCUUUCAUAUUUGUUAUUACACCAUUACACCAUAAUUUGCAAAACACAAAAUGCAUAGACGGUUACCUUAUUAAUUCGUGUCAACUUAAUCAAAAUGGCUCUUACAUUAAGACAUUUAUGUAGAAAUCAUCAUUAUCUACAAAACAUAACCAAACCGGUAAAAUGGAACAUUAGAAAACAUGUACCAUCGAGAACAUUAGCUUGCAGUGUUUUAGGUCAACAUAGUGUUGUACAGAAGCCUUUUUUAGUGGAAAACAACUUAAAAUUGUCAUGGAACCCCUUAAGGACUUGUUCUACACAGAGUAACAAAGAUGACGCAAAACCAUUACCACCCGAGGCAGAAAAGAAACCUGGACUUAUACAGCGAUUCAAGCAAAUGUAUAGAGAUUAUUGGUACGUCUUAGUACCAGUGCACAUGGCCACGUCUGCAAUGUGGCUUGGUGGAUUUUACUAUGCUGUAAGAAGUGGUGUUGAUGUGAUAAGCUUGCUAGAAUCACUUGGAAUCAGUGAAAAGCUUAUGGAACCAUUAAAGAAAUCGGAAGCUGGUUAUUUUGCUUUAACCUUUGCACUCUAUAAGGCUGCUACACCCCUCAGAUAUGCUGUAACUCUAGGUGGCACAACCUAUGCCAUAAAUAAACUUACACUUAUAGGAUGGAUUAGACCAGUUCCGUCCCGUGAGCGCCUCAAGGAAAUGUUACAGGAAAGGAAAGAUAAUAUACAAGACAGAUUCAAUGAGAGCAAACAACAUUAUCAAACACAAAUCAAAGAGAAACAAACACAGGUUUUUGAUGAAAUGAAAAGAUAUAAAUCUGAAAUGCGGAAUAUGAAGAAUAAAAUUAAGAAAAUGUAACAGGUUUUUCAUUAAAAAUUAUUGUUGUUAGAAACUAUCUUUUAUCAUGGCCUGGCCAAAAAUGUAUAAAUGAUAAGUGUAUUUAUUUAUAUUGAAAUAAAUGAAAUAAAUUUAUAACAACUACA